CAUAUAUACGAACAACAAUGUGCUUUCGUUAGCAAUUUGUGUAAUUAACUAUCAGUUAAAUUCUAUGAAACAUUCAGCAAACAUUCGACAGUUCUGUAAGUGACGAAGAUCAGUCGAUCAAUACAUGUUCGCCUCUUGGAGACAACACUUGCGGUAAUGUAACACAUAUGAAGCACACAUGUACGUGUUGUUAUCGGCUUUAUCAAAACUUCUUUCGUUACUGGGCUAUCAGAAUCGGCAUAAACAACCAGCAAAGUUGAUGUUUACGGCCUCUGGCAUCUGCGAAUGCUUAUACAUAGUCUGACAGACUACACAAUCGGACAGACAACCCGCCCAUCAUUCGGUCUCAACCAAUAUUGUACAUUUUUGGCCGAAAUGAACGGAACUGUGUAUUAUGUUAUGGUGGCCUUGUGGGAGAAAUCUGGCUGCAAGAUCGUCGCCGAUUAUUCUGUGGAUCCAAAUCCGAUCUAUCGCGCUAUCACUCUCGGUACGAUCGACGGCAUGAGAACAGUCGAGGAUGACAAAAUCAGUAUCGAUCGGAAUAGAUAUACGGUACACAUGUUAAUUGGGGAAUUUUACUAUCUCUGUUUAACAUUAAAAGCGGAUUGUCCUUCAUCAGCAAUGUGGCAAGAAUCUUGCUCUCAAAUAUUUUUGCAUAGAUUACGAAGUGUCUAUAAAGACUUACCGAUGGUAUAUCUAUCAAGAAAUCUGAAUGUCGCGAAAAAUGAUCUGUCGAAACCGUUGAAGAAAAUGACUGAAGAAUAUAAUCAGGGUAUUGAUUGUAAGAAUCUGACCUCAAAAUUAGAGGAAGAAUUGACUGAAGUACGUUGCGUAUUAAUGAAUGGAGUCCAAAAAUUGAUUGAUAGAGGCCAGAAAUUGGACGAACUUAUCCGAAAAACACAGAACCUUGAAAUUUCGUCGCGAGACUUCCACGUAGUGUCAAGGACUCGGCAAAAGAAGAACAAUACCUUGAUGAUUGUGAUGGGAACAUCAGCUUUUCUGUUGAGGCUUGGUUCCGUGGCAUCAUUACCCGCAAUUAUCUUCGUAAACUCCACGAAUACGCAACGAUUGUGCAACGCUAUUGGCGCGGUUACCGUGCCAGAAUGUUCAUUAAUCGAUAUUUGGCCGAACGUGUUCAACAGAUGUGGCAGGAUUAUUAUAAUAGUAUGGCAAUAAGGAUCCAAGCUGUUUGGAGAGGCUAUUGGACCAGAAAAACACAGAUGAACUUCGUGCAGUUGCAGCGAUGGUUGAAGAAUGUUUAUACGAAGAACAACGAAACUUUAGAAAAUAUGAAGAAGUAUGUUCACAUAUAUGCUCCAUUGCGUGCAAGGUUAUUAACGCGCUAUUUUUUUAUAGAUACAGACAGGAAGAACUUGAGCAUGCGGAAAAUGUCACGGAACAAAAAGCGAUGCUCUGGAUUUUGUUCAUCUUGUUCAAAGUAAAAUAAUGAAGCUGAAUACUAACGCUUAAUCUUUGCAGAUAUAUAUUAUAAUUUAUCAUGUAAUUUAAUAUCUAAAUAUGGCUACAUUAUAUCCCUAAAGCUGCAUCAUUUAUUAAGGACAAAGUGCCGUCCAGGCGUCAUUACAAAAAUUGACAGAACUCGCUUCGUGUACAUUGAAGAAAUGCUAAAGUGCCUCGAAUAUGAUCGAUAUAGUCCAAAAGCAAGAUUUGUCUGCAAAGAUUGUCAGAUCGAUCGUAAACCUUCUUUGAUCUUUCGCGGUACUUACUUUGAAAAAUGCGAAAAAGAAAUUCGUGAAUUUGAGAAGAGUUUGCAAGCCGAAAACGCAUCCAUUUUCAGAAGUAUAGUUGAUUAAUGUAUUAAAUUAAUUAUGUACUCUUUAAUUUUUAUGAUGUAAACAUUUCACUAUU